UACAGUUCAAUAUUUUAUAAACCUAUUACUCUUAGAUUCGGAAAAAAAGAUUUCGUUAUUUUGAAUUUUAAUUUAAUGUGGGAGGAGCUCUGGACCUCAGGCCCCGCCCCCAAAUCUCGUCGCCUCUGAGCUCGUGCGGUAGGUAAGUGAAAAUCAUGGAGCGCGCGUGUCUCCAGGACAACCUGAUCUAAACAAAGCUAUUCCGCGGAGAAUAAGAGCCCAUGGUGUAAUUCUCCUCUCAGAAGGCGGAUAGCUAUUCUCCAGGGAUUUGCACCGUUUUCAGUACUCACCUGAGAAAAGCUGACACUUGAGAAUGCCUAAAGGAACCAAAAAGUCCAAGUCCCAUAGUGCCAAACCUAGGAAAAAGAGUGACAAAAAACGGCCAUCUAAGAAAAGGUCAGCGAGUACUACAUGCACAAAACCAGCAGUGGAUAUUCUGAGCCCAGCUGCUAUGGAGAAUGCCUACUAUAUUUCCCAUAAUGCAGUGGACUGCCUGGAGUUCAGAGGCUUUGGCUGGCCUGAAGCCACCAAGGAAAAAGGAAAAGGACUAAAAAAAAAACAAAAAAAAAAAAAAUGAGGACGAGAGAACCAGCUUUACUGUGAAUUGCAACAAUAUCGGCCAUAUAUAAUCUGUAAAUGGCAAAUUGUCAGGUACAUCAAUUCUGAAUAAAUGCUGUAUAUAUUUUUAAUGAA